AUGCGAGUCCAAUCAUUUGUUCCUGUUGCGACUGUCGCGUUUUCCGUCUCAGCAUCUGCCAUCAGCAUCUUCCCAUGCCAUCAAAGUGUUUCUGUGUUGGAUGGUGGAUUUGAGGAUGGUUCUCUGAGUGAUUGGACUUUGUCUGGGGCAUCUUCAACUUCUGGGGUUGUCAAUAAUGCCGCUCUUGCCGCCAGUGGUAACCACUAUCUUUCUGUCUCCCCAGCUGUUGUGGGCGUGGAUGGCCUCCCCACUGACACGACGAAUAUUGGUCUGAUCCGAUGCAUCGACGGUACUCCUGAAGGCCAGAACUACGAAUACUCAUUUGACUGGAAGAUCUCUCUCAAUGGAGCCACCGGAUGUCGGAUGUUUGCUCAAUACGACCGAGAUGACGGCUGGUUCUUGAAUGAUCCCAUCUUUGAAGACGUAACUUCGUGGACUCAUGUCUCUUAUAUACACCCUACAGAGCCCAGUGCCUGGUUCGUUUACAUCGUUUUGAACUGUGACUCUGGAGUUCCUACCCUUGACCUCGAUAACAUCGACAUUUCCUAUGAGAAGAAUGUGUGUGUGGCAUCCAGCUCAGCUGCCGUCUCGUCUACUCCUGUGGCUUCAUCCACUCCUGUUGUCAAGUCUUCCUCCACCCCUCUGACCCGCUCCUCGUCUGCUGCUGCUCAUGUUAGCCCAUCAUCUGGUCUUGCCUCCUCCUCGGCACCCAUUCGCUCUAGUAUUUCUUCCUCCCGCCCUCCUCGUCCGACUACCAGCCUUUCACCUGUCGGCCCUCACAAGCCCUCUGGUACUGUUAGGCCCUCUGAUACUGUCAAGCCCUCUGGUAGCAUCCAUCCUUCCGGGGCUGCUACUACUUCUUCCAGUGCCAUUCCUGGUGGCCAUGGCGGUCACGGCGGCCACGGAGGUCACGGCGGUCACGGAGGUCACGGAGGUCACGGAGGUCACGGAGGUCACGGCGGUCACGGCGGUCACGGCUCUGGCAGUGGCUCUAGUUCCGGCGCUUCUCCUUCUCCUUCUAGUGGAAACGGCAGCGGUAACGGCUCUGGAAACGGCAAUGGCUCUGGCUCUGGCAACGGCUCUGGCAACGGCUCUGGCAACGGCUCUGGCAACGGCUCUGGCAACGGUAACGGCUCUGGCAACGGUAACGGCUCUGGCAACGGUAACGGCUCUGGCAACGGUAACGGCUCUGGCAACGGUAACGGCUCUGGCAACGGUAACGGCUCUGGCAACGGUAACGGCUCUGGCAACGGUAACGGCUCUGGCAACGGUAACGGCUCUGGCAACGGUAACGGCUCUGGCAACGGUAACGGCUCUGGCAACGGUAACGGCUCUGGCAACGGUAACGGCUCUGGCAACGGUAACGGCUCUGGCAACGGUAACGGCUCUGGCAACGGUAACGGCUCUGGCAACGGUAACGGCUCUGGCAACGGUAAUGGCUCUGGAGAACUUACUACUUCGACUGUUUUCUCGACUCGCACUUCCACCAUCACCGCAUGCCCAUCGACAGUCACAAACUGCCCCGAACGCGACCAGACCACUUACGUUACCACUGAGACCAUUGUGGUAUCUACCACUAUCUGCCCUGCCACAGCUGAAGCCACCACUACAGCCCCAGCUAGUGGAUACCCUUACGUUACCACUGAGACUGUCUUGAGCACCCGCGUCUCAACUAUCUACGCCUGCCCAUCCAGUGUGACCAACUGCCCCGCCCGCGAGAAGACCACCUCAACCACCACUGAGACCCUCGUUGCUGGCACCACUGUUUACACGGUGACUCCCGCUCAGGCCGUUCCCACUACUACUGGACCUGCUGUUGCUGGAUCGCUGACAACCGAGACCAUCUACGCUACCAGCACUGCAACUGUCUUUGAGUGCCCUGAUAGUGUGACUAACUGCCCUUUGAGGGGGCAGACUCCUCAUGCUGUGACAUCUACUGUUGCCGUUGGAACAACCAUUUACCCUGUCGGUGCUUCUUCCACUGAGACCUCAACCCCUGGCUCCGUUGGAUCAAGCUCUGGCUCCAAUUAUGGCUCUGACUCUGGCUCCAGCACUGGUGAUGAGUCGGUUGCAUUCACCACCACUUACACUUCUAUUCCCGUUUACGUCCCAACGGGAGUUGGGGCUGUCGGCAUUAAUGCAUCGACAUCUGCGUUUGCUACAUCCAACUCCGCUGCUGUCUCUGCCUCUGCCAGGUACCCUUUUAAGCCUUCCUCUUCCCCUGUCGGAGUGAGUAGUACCACUACCAGCAGCUCCACCGGCCCUACCUAUACCGGAGCUGCUAUCCCUCAAUUCACACUGCCCACUGCCUUCGCCCUCAUCUGCGGAUUUGGCGCUAUCUAUCCUUUAAUUUUCUAG